GCCAUAGUGGGAACCUGUCGUCUGGUCGUGAACGCACGGUUCUCCCAAUAGAGAAUCGCCUCACCUUGCAGGAAUUGAACCUCUUCCUUUCAAUAUCAGUUUAGUUUGCUUCAGCUUCAAUUCGUUGUUGGCUACUGGUCUUCUCCAGUUCUCCGUCUUCCUCGUUUUUUUUUUCCUGGUACGAAACCCUUACGUGUAUCGACUAUGGGAGACGGUGAUUUAGACUGUCAAUCUGUUGGGGAGCAAUUUUCAUCACAAUCUCGCCGGAAAUCGAUUCAUCAAGCUCUUGGCGGUGGCGCAAUUGCUGAGGCGCUAUUGUGGAAAAGAUGGACUUCAGGGGCUUUUCUGCUUGUGUCUACGACUGCCUUUUGGUUCCUGUUCGAAUGGGCUGGAUACGGUCUGCUAUCAUUUGUCGCUAAUGUGCUAUUGCUUCUGGUUAUAAUCUUGUUCUUGUGGGCGAAGUCCGCAUGUCUCCUCAAUAGGCCUCUGCCUCCUCUUCCGGAUCUGGAAGUCUCCGAGGAUUUUGUUGGGAGGGCUGCGGGUGUUGCAAGAGUGUGGGUAAAUCGCCUACUGAAAGUUGCCCAUGAUAUCUCUCUUGGAGGAGAUGUGAAACUUUUCCUUCAGGUAAUUUUUGGUCUAUGGCUGGUUUCUUAUAUUGGAAGUCUCUUCAGCUUCCUCACUCUUGUCUAUAUUGGUGCUCUUAUAUCUCUCACUGUUCCUGCUUUGUAUGACAAGUACCAGGAUCAUGUUGAUGACAAGCUGUAUAAAGCACUCGAAGUCCUUUCAACACAUUACAGGAAAAUUGAUAACAUCUUAAGCAAGAUACCCAGACCUGUAAACAAGGAAAAGAAGAUUCAAUAGUAUGGUUCUUGUUAGCUGGGAUGCCACGUGGUUUUAUCCCCUUCUUGCCGGUACAGCAUACCUUUAACAACAUGAGUCAUCGUUCAUCAACUCAUAUUCUGUGGGAGAAAUCUUGUUUGCCUGAUACUGGUUCAUCUAGAAUCUUGAUGUAAUGAUUUAACUAGUAGUUGAUUUUUUUUUGGUUGGUUUUAAUUUCUUCCACAGAAUGAAGAAAUUGUUUUUCCCCCAAUUUUUGUGUUACGAAACUAUAUUGUUUGUGCAUAUAUUUAAUCCCUCUUAU